AAAUUUUCUUGAGUAUAUAGGAAUUUAGUGCCAAUUUAGCGACAAAAUUUCGACUCAGUGAUUCUCAGGUCAGUCUUGACAGAUUUUAUACCGGAUAUUUCAUUCACAUCACUUUUCUUCUGAAAAAAUUUGGCGAGAUUUAUUUCGUAUUACUUGACCGAAAUUCUGAACAUUCUCUGAGAGUUAUAAUGUUCAACAAACCUAUGCGAAAUUUAGCAUCACUGUCUCACAUCACGUUCCUAAAUGAAUAAUUAGAUGAGACAUGUUAGGGUGUUAAAAUGUAACUUGUCAGUUCGUGACAUUUAUUGGAGACUUCCAUUAACGUCAACGCUUUCGGUUCCCUUUUGAAUUCCAAAUGUCUCCUAGAGAUUCCCGUUUUUAUUUCUGUCCAAACUGACGUGCCUGAAGGUUCACAAGUGCGAUUUCCAAACAUAGAAUGAGGGCUCUCAAGAUUUUAAGGUCACAACAGCAUAGAAAAACCAAAGUGAAAAACACUACCCAUCCAAGAAAAGCAUUUCAACUGGAUGCAUUCAUAACUCAGCUAUCCGUUUGGACUUCCCAUCGGCCACAAAGGUUUGAAGCAUCCUAAAAGUUUGCUGUAAGGGGUUAGCUAAGAAUUCUGAAGACGAGAAACUACAGCAUGCCGAUACCUUGCGACUAACUCAGAAAAACCCGGAAAAAUCAGGCAGUAUUUCCAAGGAAUUCAUUAUAUAUCAGUUGGAGUGAGCAUGACGUUGGAUUCAUCUCUAGACAGUCUAAACAUCGUACGCAUUGAGAUGACAGAGAGGCAACCACAGCCAUAAUGUCAGUGAAGAUGUCAUGAUGGUGCUUCAUGGCACCAGGACAACACUUUUCGGAUGCCUCUUGGGCCUGUUCACCCUCGCGUCGUUCACGGCUGACAACUCCCAAUGCCCCAGCUUGGCAGCCAACCCAUCCUGUCCCUGCUUCCAAUUCGAGGAUGGCAUCUUCCUAGAGUGUCCUGCAGCCACAGUGAACUCCCUGAGAUCGGUCCUGCAGAUCAUAGAGGGUCCCAUACAGUCUCUCAGCAUAUACGAGCUAGAUAAGUCCUUAACGAAGUUAACGUCCAGCUUCUUCCCUAACAACACCAUAGUGAAGCACCUGCAAAUUUCUCAGUCCCAACUAACGGAAUUGAACGAUGACAGUUUGGCGUCGCUGAGAAAAGACCUGGAGUCUCUAAGUAUAGUAUCCGGAAGGUUGAAAGAGAUACCCGAGAAAUCCUUCAAGGGGUUGUCGAAACUCAUCGCUCUGAAUCUGGAAUCCAACGAAAUCACAGACCUUCCCAGCUAUAGUUUCCACGGUUUGCACUUAGUCAAGUUGAAUAUUAAAGGCAACCAGGUCCAGAAAGUUUCCGAAUACGCCUUCGCCGGCUUGGAAAGUUAUCUGUCAGAGUUAGACAUGGCGGAGAACAAGAUACAAACUUUUCCGAUGUUGGCUUUACGGAGGCUGGAUCGCUUGAAGCUGCUGCGGCUCGCCUGGAACGAAAUAAAAACGUUGCCGGAUGACGGUUACUCCCGCUUAAACUCGUUAGUUUUCCUAGAUCUCAGCUCCAACAAUUUCGAGAAGUUAACGGAGAACUACUUCAGACCCUGUCCGUCCAUCAGAACGUUGUCGUUGUAUUAUAACGUGAUAGAACUCGUUCAUCCCGACGCUUUCGUCUCGCUGACCAACUUGGAAUCGCUAGAUCUGAGCCACAAUAAGGUAGUGUUCCUCGAGGCGACGACCUUUAAAUACAACAAGAAGCUGAGGAGCGUCGACCUCAGCCACAACCACGUGCAUCACAUCAGCGGGGUGUUCGCCUAUCUACCCGAACUGAAAGAGCUGUUUCUGUCCGAGAACAACAUUCUGGAGAUCCCAUCGGACGCCUUCACCGACUCCUCCAAUCUCUCCGUGAUCUACCUCCAACAGAACGCCAUCAGGAGGAUAGACUCGGAAUCGCUGCGUACCCUGUUCAAUUUAUCCCAGCUCCAUUUGAGCUCGAACUUUGUUCCCUACAUCCCGAGCGAUUUGUUCAGGGAGAAUCGCAAUUUGACUUCGCUGAGUUUGGACAGCAACUGGAUCAGCGAUCUGGAGCCGGGCACAUUCGAGAAGACGUCGAACCUGAAGGAGAUCCGUCUACAUAACAAUAAAAUGCGUCACGUCUCCAGGGGGGUGUUCGAUCCUCUGCCGGCCCUGCUGGAAUUGCAUUUGCAGAAUAAUAGGAUCGCCGCGAUAGAGACGGGCGCUUUCAGGACGUUGCAAAGUUUGCAACACGUAAACUUGCAGGGUAACGUUAUCUCCGAAUUGGACGACGUUUUCAUGCACGAAUCUUCGUCUCUGGUCUCCAUCCAGCUGGACUCCAAUAGCAUAACAUCGCUUCACAACGAUUCCUUGAGGGGCCAAUCGAGCGUGCUCAUAAUGUGGCUCGGUCAUAACAGACUGAAAAGACUGGAUCGAUCCCUAUUCAGCGACCUCCUACUGAUCGAGAGGGUCUACCUGACGAACAACAGCAUCUCUUACAUCGAAGAACACGCGUUCGAGCCCAUGCAAGCCUUGCAGUUCCUCGACCUCAGUAUGAAUCUCCUCACGGAGAUAACGACGAAGACUUUCGCGGAGUUGCACGAUCUGGAGGAACUCAACUUAUCCCACAACUUGAUCAGGAACAUCGAGCCUAAGGCCUUGACCAACUUGAAGAAGUUGAGGAUAUUAGAUUUAUCUUUCAACACUUUGAUUGUCGUUCAUAACUCCGUCCUUCAGGAAGGGUUGCCGAUUAGGGUGCUUAAUCUCAGAAACUGCUCAUUAUCCAAGAUCGAACCCGGAGCCUUCAAGGGACUGAACAAUCUGAACGAACUUAAUCUGGUGGAAAACCAGUUGACGUCGAGAGAUCUGCAACAUUUAGACAUACCUGGACUUAGGGUUCUCCAACUUUCCAACAAUAACUUCAGCGAUUUGACCGGAAACGCGCUGAGCGGACUUCCUUCCCUGCAGAUUCUCCAUCUGGACAAAUGCGGGAUAUUGAAAUUACCGGACGGGAUCUUCUCGAAAAACAAAAAUCUGCUCAGAAUCGAUCUGAGUCACAAUUUGCUGGAAGAGAUGAAGCACUCGAUAUUCCUAAGCCUGAACGUAUUGAAGGAGCUGAGACUGAUCGGGAACCUAUUUAAGGAACUCCCGUAUAAGGCGCUUCUCAAUAUCUCCACAAUGGAAACGUUAUCCUUCUCGUUCAAUAGGAUGAGCAACAUCGAGAUAUCCAGGCUGAACGGAUUACCGAAUCUGAAAGAUCUUGAUUUGAAAGGUAACAUGAUAUCGUCGUUGUCUGGUUUCGCCUCGGCUAAUUUGACUCAGUUAUUGUCCGUGGAUUUGAGCGAUAACUUACUGGUUGCCCUGCCUGCGAAUUUCUUCCUACACUCCCCGCAUUUACGAAGAAUGGACUUGUCGUGCAACAAGUUCAGACAAAUCCCCACCUCAGCGUUGUCUGAGAACACGUUGCCGGGUCUGCGGUGGUUGAAUCUGACCGGUAAUCCCCUGAUUAGAAUCCACGAUCUGGCAUCGUCUCAUCGCUAUCCUUCCUUAGAAGAAAUCCACAUUAGUUCAACCAACCUCACUAUCGUUACCAGUAAGGACUUCGAAACGUUCCCUGCGCUGUUGCAUGUCUACCUCAGCCAGAACAGAAUAUCCAGGAUAUCCCCCGGGGCCUUCGGGAGCUUACCUCAUUUACAAACAUUAGAUCUGGGUAUAAACGAACUCGAACUGUUGCCGCAGGAGCGUCUACAGGGUCUGAAUCACCUCCGGAUCCUGAAUUUGACCCACAACAGACUGAAGGAAUUAGAAGAAUUCCCUAACGAUCUGCGCUCGCUUCAGAUUCUGGAUAUAUCGUUCAAUCAAGUGGCGCGAAUAGUUAAGGCAACUUUUCAAAACCUGGAGAAUUUGAACGAGCUGUACCUUUUCGGUAACUGGAUAUCGAUGGUCUCCAGCGAUGCUUUCAAACCGCUGAAAAAGUUGAGAACGUUGGAUUUGAGCAGGAAUUACCUGGAGAAUAUACCUUUGAAUGCUUUUCGACCGUUGGAGACUCAGAUCAGAAGCUUGAGGACUGAAGAAAAUCCUCUGUCAUGCAGCUGUGACUCACAGGAGCUUUGGGAAUGGUUACGAGACCAUCAGAAGCUGGUAAAAAGAACAUCAAGCCUAGAAUUGCGUUGCGAACAUCCUCCGAAACUUAGAGGCAGAAUAUUCUUGGAAUUGGAACCAGAACAGUUCUGUGAUCAACCCAUUGUUGUCAAGCUUGGGAUCCAGGAUAUUCAGCCGUUUUCAGUGUUGGUAUCCUGGCAGAGCAGAAACCACUCUGGUUUGCAUGGAUAUCAGGUGCUUUAUUAUUCCUUGGAUGCCAUCGACGAGAUUCGAGGGAAAAUGCUAGAACGUUCAUCCCGCUCAGUGAGGCUCCAAAAGCUCCUCCCAGGUACCAAGUACCGCAUCUGCGUCCUGGCGCUAGGCAAUUGGGCGUCGCAUCGUCGUGAGUCCGCAGAAUCUCACCUAGCCGCCCACGUGAGACCAGAAAGCAACAAUUCCAUGGAAGUGUACAGUGACGCGAUGUUGCCCCUUCUCAUGGACUCUUUCAAGAGCAAGUGCUCCGAGGUUGUCACACUGAACAUGCCGGAUUCCAUGCUUGUCGGGGUUGGCACCCCUGAGUAUGGAGUGGGGGAACCACCUUCCAUACUGACCCGUAGACUAGGUCUUAUCAUUGGGUGUUGUAUGGGCUUCGUUGUGUUCAUAGUGCUAGUGUCCAUCCUAGGGUAUCUGAAGGUGAAGAAGCAGAGACAGGCUGUGAAGAGGGAUCAGCCUAGUGUACCGCCGGAGUAUAUUUCGUACAGACAUUUCUCCAUACAGAGUGGGGAGGCUGGAGCUCAUCAUAGCACCACUGGAGGUCAUCCACAUUUCAUAACGAACAUGAACACAACUACCAUUAAUUAAGAACUGUAUCGCUGAACUGUUGAUUUUUUGUACUUUUGUCAUAUGUUUAUACGAUUUUCAAAACGAAUGGGCUUAAUUGUUCCACCGUUGAUCGAUGCUGCCCUUGUACAGUGUGUCCCAACAAGUUUAGAGAAAUGAAGUAUUGUUUAGGUAGUAUUGCUUUUUCCUAUGCACAAUGAAGCAGUUUCAAAUUCAAUCAGAAAAAUGUUAAUUAAUUCCUAAUUGUUUGCAUCAAUUUUAAGGGUUACCAGGGGUUUAAACCACGUGACAAUCUUGUGAUCUGCCAAAGUUUAACUACUCCUCUCUCCUCAGCAUUGUUGAGAUUCGAUCAAUUUUGAGGAAAAUUCAAAAUGGGUUUCAAUUUAAUUUUGAAUUUGAGCAAAAAUGCAUUUUCAGCCUUCAACAAGACUUUUUGUGUAAUAUUUUCAUGAGAAAAUUUAUUAAUUUUCUGGAAAGUUAUAUCAUGCAUAUAUUUAUUCUUCAAUAAAAAUUCAUGUAAUCCUUUUCUUCCAUUCCAAAAAAGUUUAUAAAAAAGGACUUACGAAUUACGAACUCUCAAAAAUGAUUAACAGUGAAAACCUCUAUAAAUAGAUGGUAUCUAGCCUAAAAUAAAGCGGACUAAUUUCUCAACUGAUCGCUGAAACGGUAUAUAUCCCUCUUAAAUAUAACAAAGCUCACAACUUUUUUAUUGAACAUAAUGAUGCUGAACCAUAAGUAGCAAGUUGCAACAACGAAUUUCAUAAGUAUCAAAAGUUACUAAUAAUAUUGUGUCAACUUAUGUCUCAAAAGUUAAGGCACAAAUUUCUUUAUGUAAUCAGAAAAAAAUAUGGUUUCACGGCAAGCUCAUUUAAAAUUUUUAUGAACAACAAAAUUUAUUUCAAAUUAAAUGUAAAGGUCCAUUAUGGUCUUUAACAAUACGCAAUCUUCUGGGUACAUUUCAGAUCAAGCGUUGGACCGUUUAAACAUCCAGAAUUUUAUUUAAAUAUUCUAUUAAUUGUUGCUCAUGUUUUCAUCUAAAACGUAGCACUAUAGUGAGAUUGAUUUCGUUCAAUAAACCAUUGAUGAUUGUUGAUUAACCAUUUUGUUAAGUAGUUGUGAAUAUCACUUUGAUUGUCCACAGCUUCGCUUUCAACUUAUCUCAAAUAAAGCCUGAAAAUCACACCAACUGAUAUCGCGAACCAAUCUAGAACUUCCUCAGCAAAUUAGGCCUUUUUUCAGAUAGUUAGGAACAUUAUCGAUAUUCUCGGCACUUUCAAUCAAAAUAUUUUUUCUAUCUAGUCUCUAUCAGUCUAGAUUUUCCAUUUUAAAGAAGAUUUAGGCAUAUCAAACCUUCUUCACAUUCUGCUUUUGCACGAUAUAUAUUUCUCCGCGAAACAUUUUGAUUUUCCCGUCGAAUAAACAGGAAAAAUCGUUGAAUGUUCUUUCAAAAGCUGACUUGACAUUGUAAAUUUUUCGAAUUUUUUCAUACAGUUGAAAUUUCUGCCAAAACUUUUGAGACAUACAUUUUUUGAUCAUUCACCUAAUAAAGACCAGUAAAGUUAAUUUAGUUCAUAGACUUCCACAAAACACCACUACUCCUUUAAUUUGCUCUUUCUUAGAGUACAUUGUCACUUGUAAUAACUAUACAAGUAUACAGUAUAAAUGAGCAUAUAAUUGUCACUUGAAUUCAAAUUUUGAAACCAAUUAAUGGAAAGGCUUAUACGGAACUUAAUUUUCAGAAAUUGUAAGUCUUCGAUUAUUCGAUAAACUUUGUUUUUUUUUAAUCUCAGUACAAGCAGAGAAAACAACACAUGUGAGUUCUAAUAAUAAGCGGGACAUCCUGUACACAAUUGUUCAUUUAAUUACAGAUAUUGAAAUCAUCGUCGAUUGACCACACAUACCCAUAACAAGAGUUGAAAUAUUUGUUAACCUUGCAUAAAUGCACUGCCCUAAAUAAAUCCUAAUUAGACUUCAUGACGUAAAAUACAUUCAGGCAGUGAUUUCAACGAAACAAGAGGUAUUCGACCUGUUGGAUACCAAUUCAGC